GGACAAAUAUGUAACAAUUGUACUACACAUUUACAUUCCAAUAUUGCCCCCAUCGUCCGGCUGUACAUCAAACCCAUAUUCACUAUAUAAACCAAUAAAAUCUUGUCUGAUUCCUCCGUUUCACUCAAAUCCAACAUGUUUCGCAACCUCUUCUUCACCUCUCUCCUCCUCGUACUCAUCCUCUCCGCCGCCGCUCACGGCGGAGACGACAACGACGACGACGCUGAUGCCGCCGCCGACACCCCAAAACCCGACCUCCGGUCAAGAUCUUUAAUCCUCGUAAAGAUUUGGUGUUUAAUAAUAAUAUUUUUUGCCACUUUCAUAGGCGGUGUGUCUCCGUACUUCUUGAAAUGGAACGAGGGGUUGUUGGUGUUGGGCACACAGUUCGCCGGCGGCGUGUUUCUUGGAACGGCGAUGAUGCAUUUUCUUAGUGAUGCCAAUGAAACGUUUGAAGAUUUGACAAGUGUUGAAUACCCUUUUGCGUUUAUGUUGGCUUGUGGUGGUUAUUUGCUUACUAUGUUUGCUGAUAAUGUCAUUUCUUAUGUUUAUGGGAAACAGAGUGGUGACGAUGUUGAAGAUCAAGGGGAAACCAGGAAUGGAAAAGACGGAAUUACCCAUCCAAAAAUCGGAAUAUCAUCAGUAUCUUCACUAGGAGACAGCGUUUUGCUAAUAGUAGCAUUAUGUUUCCAUUCGGUGUUUGAAGGAAUAGCAAUCGGAAUCGCGGAUUCUAAAGCUGAUGCUUGGAAAGCCUUAUGGACCAUAUCACUUCACAAGAUCUUUGCAGCCAUUGCAAUGGGCAUUGCCCUUCUAAGAAUGAUUCCAGACCGGCCUUUGUUGUCAUGUGCAUCUUACGCUUUUGCAUUCGGGAUUUCAAGUCCCGUUGGGGUGGCAAUCGGAAUAGUAAUCGAUGCAACUACUCAAGGCCGGGUUGCAGACUGGAUAUUUGCAAUAUCAAUGGGGAUAGCGUGUGGUGUGUUUAUAUACGUGUCGAUUAAUCAUUUGUUACGAGGUUAUCAGGCGCAAAAGCCUGCGGCUGUAGACACUCCACAUUAUAAGUUCUUAGCUGUAACUUUGGGGCUUGGUGUGAUUGCUGUUGUUAUGAUCUGGGAUACAUGAUUUGAGCCUUGGUGUUUUGUUUGUUUGUGUUUUUUUUUUGGACAUAAGGGUGGACAAGUUUAAGAAUACAGGUCUAUUGUAAAGAAGCAUAGUUUUGACAAGAUCUAUAAAAACAUAUAUUGGUUGUUAGUUU